GUGCUCUCCACCAGAUUCCACUGUUAUCAUUGAGGGGGUUGAUGACAGUCUCCUUGUGAAACCAUCAAGCUGGAAGCUGUUGAAGUACAUUCCGGCUCAAGGCACACAAGACAGCGUUGCUUUUUGGUCAGCAGUUCCACCACCCGGUUACAGCUCUUUGGGAGUGGUUGUGACUGUGGGGAAAACAGCUCCAUCCGAAGACAGUUUCCGUUGCGUGCGGAAUGAUGCAUGUGUGCCUGUCAAAAUCGCUGCUGCUCCAGUUUUUGAACUGGUCUCACGCAAGGGAAAGCCCCUGUGCAAGCUUUGGCCUGUCGAGAAUCAGGUUGGGUCUUUCUUGGUCACCACAAAGGGUCGAAAGGGGCCACCUCGGCGCCUUGGCUUGGGCAUUUUUGUGCUGGAUGAGCAGCGUCCAGUCUCACGAGUGUAUGUUGACGUCUCACUACCAGUUUUCUCUGUCACCCUCUACGAUGACUUUGGGAGCCUGAUGACACCACUCAUCAAGAUAAGCCUUGACAAACUGGUCGUGAAGUCACUCCACUAUGGCACCAGUGAUGUCCAUCAGGUGUCCGCUGGCUGCUGUGUGGAUGCCUUCAACAAUCAGCAAGAUGCAUGGGAGCCCUUUUUGGAGCCUUGGCAUGGGAUGGUCAGGGCUGAGUUGGCUGGGAAGGAUGGCCUUGAGCCACCACUGUCAACUUGUCGAGUGGUGUCCAACAGCAAGGUGAACAUCAAUCUAUCGUCAAUGAACGUGAAUCACUUUGGAGAGGCGUACGCAGACUGGCUGAAGCUCCUAGAAGCCAAGGAGGAUGCAGAAAGGGUCAUCCACAUGAUCGAGCAUGAUAAGGAUGAGGAAAGGGACACAGAAGAGUACACACAUGCAACAGAGCUUCCUGCUUACAUCGUGCAGCACAAUUCAUCUGGCAUUGAUCUGUUCUUCCGAGUGCUAGAUAAAAAGUCGGAGGCUAGAGUGUUCUGCUUGCCGUCUGGCAGCCAGGCUUGCAUUGUGGUGCCACCAGAGACCAGUUCUUUACAUCCGUCACCAGAGCAAAACCGCAGCGUCCAAAGAGGUUGCAUUCUUGCAUUUGGUAUCGGCGAACUCCAGAUUCCUAAGGAGCUGAUCUCUAAUGCAGAGGAGCUCGUCUGUUCUGUCUCGUUGGCCUCAGCCAUUGAUGUCAAUGGGUUUCAGUGCACUCAGCAUGCACGUACAAGCAUGAAGGUUCCUGCAAGUGCGGGGAACUCGUGGCUGGUUUCUUGGAACGAGGUUUUUCUCUUCGAGAGCACGCUGGAGGAAGGAGAGACGGUGUGUGUUGGAGUGGAGCGAAGCGCUUUCACAGGAUUGGUUCUUUUCAGUUUCACUUGGGCUGCGAAGCCUGGCGUGAAUAUGGCGGAAAUCGAGUAUUCGUCACACAAAAAUUCCACCACAGGCCACUCUUGGCUCUCCUCCAAUCUUGAGCCUGUGUCUGGCGACCAUGGCACUGCUCACCUCAGUGUAUUCCACCACUUUGGCAAGAUUGGAGCUGAUGGAAGAUUGGAACCUCUGGAUGAAGUCCCGGACUUGCCUAUCCGGGAGCAGUGGCAGCCCUUCCAGAUGUCACUGACGAAGGAUGGGCCAUGGGCUCCCAUUAACUCUGUCUACGGUGGUGGUGUUGUUUCCAAACAACUGGGUGGCACGGUGCUGGCUGUUCAAGUGUCCAUGGUUGAAGGGGAGAAGCAUCUGAAUGUCAGGUCAUUGGUGACUGUAGUGAACAAGACAGAGGCUACACUGGAGGUCUGUCUGUGCCCACGCUCACUAUUGUCACAGUCCUCCAAUGAUGAGCACAGCAGCGCUACCGUGCAUGCUGCUGUAUCAGAACGAGCAAGGGAAGGUGCUUCUCAGGACGAGGGAGGUGGUGGAGGAGUUGAAGUUGUUGAGAUCUUUGAGAACGAAAGGCAUCUGCCCUUCCUGGGUUGGAGCUCCUCUAAUCUACUUCCGAUCGACCCCAAGGGCUGGAGCGACCUCAAAUCAAAGUCGUCUUCGAAGGGUUUCAAGGAGCCUGAGCUGCCUGCUGGCUGGAUCUGGAGUUCCGGCUGGCACAUUGAAGUUUCUGAGCACGUGGACAAGGAUGGGUGGGCGUACUUCCCAAGCUUUUUGGAGGCAUCGUGGCCACCCAGAGGCACUGCACAUCGGGUGAAAGGAUUCCCUGAUGCCGUCCGAAGGAGGCGGUGGGUGCGAUUUCGGCAGCAGUCACCACUCGCAAAAGCACCUGGUCGAGUUCUUUAUGGCUUGGUUGAACCAGGCAGCACUCUUCCUCUUCCUGUCCUACCUGCAUCAACAGAUCACACUGACCCGUGCAUCCAAAUUCGGCCGCAUGUUGCACAAUCUGACAACUCUGAAGCCACUGCCAUCCCAUUCUCAUGGGGAUAUGUUGACAAGCAUGCCUCAAAGGUCCUCAGGGACACCUCCACUUCAAAGCAGGCGCUUUCUCCUUUCUCGGACUUUCCUUUGCUGACCCUUGGGAAGACUGAAGAGUUGCUGUCCUGUCAGCGAUCAUCAACAGACAGUGAGCACCCGGAAACCCGCUGGAUGCUGGUGGAGUCAAUCGGCACUCCUUUAAGCAAGCGCUCAAGCUUCACUCCAACCGUGGACUGGGAGAUUGUUGCAGAAGCGCCCAUGACUUUCUGCAACUUGUUGCCAGAGCCAAUCACCCUGUCCAUCUGGAGCUCUGAUCCUCCAUCCACUGAGGUUCUGCUGAAGGAAGAUGGCCUGGUGUUGGAACCUGGAGCCAAGAAGGGCAUCUUGUCUGUACACCCGAAGGGUCGUCUUCUUGUGUGUCUGAAGAUUCGUGAAUCAUGGGUUCCACCAGAUGAAUCCGAGGAGCGUAUGAUAAUCUUUCACCCUCAAGAGCCUCUUCCGUCAGAAGUCACUCUGAUGCACAAGGAUACUCACAGGCAUCUUCAAGUGUCCAUCGAUCGGACUUGGUCUGCCACCUUUGGCACGCUGAAGGAGGUCACCUUCUCAGUUCCUUGCUGGGUAGACACAGCUGGCUGCCCGCCCGUGGUACUCUCCCUGUCUCAUGGGACUUCAGUUGCUGCCAUAGCUAGUGGUUCCUUCAAACGGCCAUGGACAGAGCACAAGUGGAAUGGUAAAACUUCAAUGAAUCUGCUGCGGAGUCAAUCUACAAAGGACGAAGUGGUGAACGUGGGGACUGAGGGACGAAGCACAGUGAUGCUGUCUCGAUGUGACGACACCUCUGUUAUCCGCUUUGCAUUGGAUAGCUCAGGGGGCGUGGAGGAGUAUGGGCCCGACUUGUCCAUUGCAACUGUUCAAUCUCAGAGCACAAUGUGCAACUCACAAGCCACAGCAGCCGAUGGCUCAUACCUACCACUUGUGGCUUUUAUGGACGUCAGCCCUUUCGGCUCUCAAGCCACAAAGGUGCUGAAGGUCCGGCCGUUGCUCACUCUCACUAAUCGACUAGGAGAAGCAGUAUUUGUGAGACCACCAGGGGCAGAGGAGCAUAUCACGGAGUUAGCACCAUCUGACUGGCACAAACCACUUGUUUACCCACGUGGUUUUGGAACAGACACAUUCCAGGUUCGUACUAGUUUAUCCACGUGGAGCUAUCCACUCAAGCUCUCAGUGGAUGCUGAGGUGAUCGCUGUUGUGCGACUGCUGAGAGACAACUCCUGCCACUUCAUUCGAAUAGACGGCCGAGCUGGAGGGGCCACUUCCAAGCACAUGAUAUCAUUUCGGUUUGGGGGUCUUCACCUUCCAUUUAAGCUUGAAAAUCACUCCAGCCACACUGUCUGUUUCCGGCAAAGUGGUCUACCCAUGACAGCAUGGGAGGUCCUCUUUUCAAAGUCAGCUGCUGCGUUUGCGUGGGAAGACCCAGACGGGGAUCACUUUUUGGAGGUUUAUGCCCGCACUCUUGAGGAGUCCACUGGAGAGUCUCUAGAGAGCAGAGCGCAUCCUCCAGGCUCCAUGAUGUACGAUCUGUCAGAGCCAGGAGAUCUUGCCUCGCUUCCUCUGCCUGCUGCUGGUGGACGCCUGCGCGUUCAGUCAUUUGACUGUGACAGUGUCCGCAUCAUCCGCUUCAUGAACGGUGGAGGUAUAACUGGGGAGGAGGACCAGCAGCAGCAGCAGCAGAGGGAUGGUGAGGUGGCCGCCCCUGCUGGCUCGGCUUUCGAGCGGCAGCAGAGCGCCAAUGCCGUGAACAAGGGCUCAAGAAUGGAGAUCAGUUUGGACCUCAUGAGUGUGGGGCUGUCAAUAAUUGACCAGCGACCUCAGGAGUUGCUGUAUGCGUUCUCAGAAGGUUUCCUGCUGAACUACCGCUACGAUGGGCAAGAUGACUCAAGCAGGUUGAAGCUGAUUCUGAAGAGUCUGCGCAUUGAUAACCAGCUGCCUCUGUCUCCCUUGCCAGUGCUACUGUUCUUGGAGCAGAAAGGCAUGCCUGAAAAGGACCAUGUUUUCAAGUUCCUUGUCUCGUCUUGUGGCAGCAUGAAGCAAGACGAAGUCUGCUACCCAAAACUCACGCUCUGGGUGUGUCAUGCCAUUGCUAUAGUCUUGGCACAGGAGCCAUGGCAAGUGAAUGUACAUGAGGCCAUUGUGUGGCGGCUGUGGGAGCUUAUGGAGAGCAUUUGCUGGGAGCACUUCUUUGCACCGGAGUCUGCUGGUGGUGACGGAGGGGCAGUGGCUGCUGUCCAGGUCGACCCAAUGAUUCGCAUAGACCAACUAGUUGUCUCGGGUGCUCACCUCAAGCUCACGCUUGAAGCUGCCCCGACAUCCCGGCCUGCACAGCUCCUUGGCUCGUGGAGCAGUCUUGUCACUGCAGCAGGGAACACCAAGCGCAUGCCAGUCCGGCUGUCAGGGGCAACAGCCGAGUCAAGGCGAUUGCGCAGGAGCAUCUUCAUGGAGGCAGUGGUGCGGCAUGUGCUGCGGGAUCUCUUGCACCAGUCACUGCGCCUGCUGUCCGGUGUGGACGUGCUGGGGGUCAUCAGCUCCACUCUCACUGCUCUCGGACAUGGAGCUUCAAGGCUCGUUCAUAAAGAGGACAUGAGCAACAGGCACUUCCAGCAGGCUCUUGGCAACCAGCUGGACAACGUUGGAGAGGGCCUUCUGUAUGGCGCCGAAGCAAUGGCGAAAGGAGUGGCCUUAGGGGUGGCUGAUGUCCUCGUCCGUUCUCGCUCCGGCUAUGAGACCCACGGGCCACCAGGGCUGCUCCUUGGCCUCAGCAAGGGCUUGGCAGGGCUUGUGGUGCAUCCAGUGACGGGCUGCCUGCACUCUCUGGCGUUCCUUGUCGCUGGCGUGGAUGCGUCUACUGCUUCUUGCGCUCGCAUGGUGCAGCGAAAGCCUCAGCUGCAGCGGCUGCGUCUGCCCAGGGCGAUCUCUGCUGAUGGGGUUGUUCACGAGUACAGCAAGGAGAGCGCAGUUGGCCAGAUGGUGUUGUUCCUGGCUGAAGCGGGCUCAUACUUCGGCAAGCAUGACAUAUUCAGGGACCACUCCAAGUUCGCCCUAUCAGAUGCCUACGUGAAUCACAUUCUUCUGCCCAACUGCCGCAUCCUACUAAUCACCAGCCGCAGAGUCAUGAUGCUCAAGUGCCCUGUGGAUCCAGCUGGCCAACCUGACUCACUGGCACUGGUGCAAGGUCCAUCCCUUGUGCGUUGGGAUGUUCCAUGGGACAACUUGCUCGCAUUGGAGACCAAGUCCAUUCCUAGCUUCCCUCGGCCAGUGGUCUGUGUGCACAUGCGAGAGCCUACACCUCAGUGCCUCUACACCAUCAUCCGCUGCCCAGAACCACAUCCUGCUGAGCACGUGCAGGCUGACAUUGCGUCAGCGUUUGAGACCUAUGGACCCGAAGGAGACUCCUCAUCAUUCGUUCCUGUCCGCUGCUAG